GAAGCCCCCCCAAACCGCCCCUGGGCAGCCUCGGGGGGGCAGUUUGUAAAGCUGCAGCCGCUCCUAGCCCGGCUCUUCCCGCACCGAGGACGGAGACCCGACUCGGGGGACUCGCUCCUCCAGCCCGCACCGGCCCAGAGUAUUAUAAUUUCAAGUAUUUCUUCUGAGCUUGAAGAAGAAAUUCACGCUUGGAUGGUGGAUUAACAAGAACAUUGAAAUUCAGGAGAAAAAAAUUAAAGUAUUAGAUUUUCACCCUAGUCUGGCAGCUUUGCUGCUCACUUAAACACAGAUGAAUGAAGACCCCAUUUGGAAAAACAGCAGGUCAGCGAUCCAGAGCUGAUGCAGGAGCUUGCUUGCUGUUGUGGAAGAUAUCAAAAGAAACUUGACACAGCAGUUCUCCAGGGGAACUAAUAAGAAGAAAAGCAAGAACUAAAGAGCUUACUUUAGACAUGCAGGUGUAUCUGCCAGCAUGAUGAAGAAGAGGACUUCCCACAAAUUUGGUUAUCUGGCUCUCCAGCCUACAACAAAUAAGAGAAAACAUCGAAGCAACGUGGGACCCAGCAAACCUAUUUCUCAGCCCCGGAGAAACAUUGUAGGAUGUAGAAUUCAACAUGGAUGGAAGGAAGGGAGUGGACCUGUAACUCAGUGGAAAGGGACAGUUCUGGAUCAGGUUCCUGUAAAUCCUUCUCUCUAUCUUAUAAAAUAUGAUGGAUUUGACUGUGUUUAUGGACUAGAACUUCACAAAGAUGAACGAGUUUCAGCACUUGAAGUCCUUCCUGACAGAGUUGCAUCUUCUCGAAUCAGUGAUGCUCAUUUGGCAGAUACAAUGAUUGGAAAAGCAGUGGAACAUAUGUUUGAGACAGAGGAUGGCUCAAAGGACGAAUGGAGGGGAAUGGUCUUAGCUAGAGCUCCUAUAAUGAACACGUGGUUUUAUAUUACCUAUGAGAAAGAUCCUGUCUUGUACAUGUACCAGCUUUUAGAUGAUUAUAAAGAAGGUGACCUCCGUAUCAUGCCAGAUUCUAAUGAUUCACCUCCAGCUGAACGGGAACCAGGAGAAGUUGUAGACAGCCUGGUAGGCAAACAAGUGGAAUAUGCCAAAGAAGAUGGCUCCAAAAGGACUGGCAUGGUCAUUCAUCAAGUAGAAGCCAAACCCUCCGUCUAUUUCAUCAAGUUUGAUGAUGAUUUCCAUAUUUAUGUCUACGAUUUGGUGAAAACAUCCUAGAUGUCAUCAUGAACUUUGCCAAAUUUGUGGAACUAUUAAGUGUAAAAUUUGUAGACACAAAGACUUGACUGCUUUCCAGUUUAAUGAAAGCUUAAAUGUCCCUGCGAACCCACAAUCUCUGCCAGCAAAACUGUUUUGUUCGGAAUAGUAGAUUUAUGUGAACAUGACACAUUUUGUGUAAGGAACUCCUCCCCUUGUAAGAAGUCAGUCUAUUUGGUAGAGGGGGAGUCAAAGGAAAGAACAGCUACAAAUUCAGGCUGUGGAAAAAGUUAAGCUAGUAUCAUAAUAACCUAAAAAUGUAAUAGGUCUUAACCAUUUUUCCCCUUCAAAUCUCGUACUCACAUGCAAGUGUAGUUUGGUAUUUUUUAUAUUGCCUUCUGUGAUAUUAAAUAUAAUUUUUUGGCUAUUGGCAGUCCUUGUUCUGAGGUUUGAGUCAAAGCUAAAAGAUAAGCCUAAAGAUUCUCCCAGUUUAAUAGGAAUGCCUCACCUGAGCAGCAUCAAACUAUUUACUGUGUUUCUACUUCUUAUUUAAAGUUAACUUUUGUAAAACAAAGAGCACAUGGAAAUAUUCUGUGUGUGCAUUUUAGAAACCCAGUGGUCAUAUGCAAGUGUUUGUUUAUGCACCUUUUUAUUCUGGAGGCUUGAAGCUAUAAAAGAGGAUGUUAAUCAACCAAAUGAACAGUUGGAAAUGAAAUGCACACAUUGCUAAUCCAUGUUUAUAAGUUGUAGCAACCAGUCAAUACAUGGUAAAAGGCUGCCUUUAAUUCUAAGCAUUAUUUGAGGGCAAGAGUGGCAUUUUUAUUCAUUAAUACUUUCUAGCAAACCUCAGUAAUUGGUGCCACAGAAGCCCAAUGCUACACAAUACUACUACAUUUUAAUUUUUGAUGAUAUAUUUGGCCCAUUAUUUGAUGUUAAAAUUAGCAGCCUGGAUUUGAUUGUGCUAAAAGGCUAAGAAUAUACCUGCUGUUUCCAAAAGUUCCUUGAACAACACAGUUCUUUUUUAUUAGACAUUUAGGUUUUAGGGAAAGAGAAGCAUGUUUUGCCUUCUUUAUAGGUUCUCUGGGAUUCCCUUUAUUUUUAUUACUAUUAUUGUUAUUAUUUUUAUUACUGUUAUAAUUAUGGUCCAAGAAGGCAUUUAUUAAUAUUUUUAUUUCUGGCUUUUCCCCCCACAAGGAAUGUCCUAACAAAUAGCCUACAGCUUAAAUCUGUUGUAGCCUUUUGUGGUGUUGUAUGUACUCGCUUAAGGUAUGCUGUUAAUGUGAAUUCCAUUCAAUGGACACUAGAAUUCUGCAUGCCAGUGGUGUACUACUAUAUAAUGAAAGCUAUCGGCAGUCUUUCAGUGGUUCAAUCAUCUGCAUUAGAUUGUGGAUGUAAAUAAUAGCAGCCCAUAGCAGCAGAAUCCUUUCACAGUUUUAAUCUUGCAAGAUAGUUUAAAAACCAAGGUAGUUAUAAUGUGGAGCUUUAAAGAGUAAUCAGAAUUGUAAAAAUGGUCAAUGCAAUAGCAAAAUUGUCAUUUCACAUUAUAGUGGCAGAGCUUUGCAAAUUGAAAAGCACUGCUUCAUAGAAGUAUGGUGUACAAAGCCAAUCAUCAGUUUAGGGGAAGGAAUACCCAGAAAUCCAAUCUUAGUCUGUGAAAGGCCAGAGGUGAUGUUCAACUAUCGAAAUUUCGGAGGUCCAGAUGACCUUUGUUGUGGGUAUUCUUGAUAUUGAAGACUCAGUGGUUUAAGCCCCUUUCUAUCCAUUUUUUGCCUGAUUCAUAUUUUAGCCUUAAGGCUUGUGCCUCAUUAUGCUGUUGAAUGGUAACAAGUACUCAUCAUAUAAAUACAGUACCUUAAUUAUUUGCCCAUUGCUACAAUUGCAUUUUGUCCAGUAUUUCAUCUUGGGCAACCAAAGGCAGGCUAUUUUGUCUUUUCAGUAAAUAGCUUCUCAAUGCAGUCCUUAAGCACUAAGUACCUAAGUCGUAAAUGUUUUUUGUGUUUUUGAACAAAGUGAGCAGAUUUGCAACACAGUGUUUCAUCCUGCAGAUCUGUUAAGUGUUUUUCUAUUGACUCUUAAGAGUCCUGCAUGUAAAUCUCAAAGCUGAGCCUGGCUCCAUGAGCCCAAGUUGAUAUUUGUGGCACAAGAAUGAAUGAGUGUAUUAAAUAUACACAGAAUAUGUGCAUACAUAUGUAAUACAGUGAAUUUGGGGCUAUACAUCUGAAGAAUAAAGUGUUCAUUUUGAAAUAUUUGUUGACGUUUGGGUCUACUGAAACAUUUUUAGCAUUACUUAUGGCUUGUAUUUGUGGUUUUUCUGCAAGCCACUUUAAUAUACCAUAUAAUCUGCCAAUCUAAGGAUGACUAGCUAUACUAUGUAAAUUAUGGUUCUGUUUUUAAAUAAUUGUCCCACUUGUUGCUUUUAGGGUUUUGGGGGGAGGGUUCCCCUCUUUGGUAGCUUAAACCACCUUUACUGAGGCUGAAACUAAUCCCACUCCCUGCCCAUCUACUUUGGGCUUCGUUUUAGGCUCAUGUUUCAGAUCUGCAUGCAGUGCUUGCGUUACUCUGGUAACCAAAAUGUUGGUUCCUUGUUCUAGGGGUUCAACAUUGCUUUCCAAAAUUAUCAUGGGGCUUGUGACAACACAAGCAAUGGAUCUGUGUAUAAAAUUUAUUGGCCUUUCUCAUUUACCUGCUGUAGUAUUGUUGUAUUGUGUGUGUGAUAUCAGGCUGCCAUGUAAAACUUUAAAAAACAAAAAAAAUUUAAAUGCAGACCAUCCUUUUUGCAUGCUUAGAAGUAGAAUGUUCAGCGUAACAAACAAAAGUUGCAUGUUAAAAUGUUAGGUUUUUUCGUUUUCUUUUUUUGAUUUUCUUUUUAGUUUUGUGUGAAUUUGCUUACUGUGCUGUUUUAAUGGUUGUUGAUAGAAUUAAAAAAGCACUGGUGAGGCGAGCAUAGUGCCAACGGAAAGUGAUUUCCAGUUAUGUGUCAUGCAGCAUUUGAAGGGACCAUGCAUUGUUAAAAUAUGUAUACAUAUAUAAAAUCAUAGUUACAUAUAAAAAAACCUACUUUUUUUUUCUUUUGUGUGCCAAACCCUAAAGUGCACUGGAGAAUAGAUUUUUUUUUUUUUGAUAAAACGAUGGACAUAAUAGAAAAUUAGCUUUUUCAUUGUCAUAAAUGGCAGUGCCCCAAAGCCUUCUUAAGCUAAUUAUCCUUAAAAAUGAAGGUUCUCCUAAGAUAAAAUAAUUUAAAUCACUUCAGGGAAAACAAUUACGAUUAAAGCAGUUUGUGGUUCCUUGGAAAUGCUGUGCUUUUUGUACUUUACAUCAGUAGUGCAAUUUGGAUUGUUCUUGGUAUGUGUAUAGUUCAAAGGUCUUCGUGUUCACAUUUAAAAUUAGGUAAAUGACUUCAUCUUUAGAAUUUGGUUUCAUUUUUAAUUUCAUUUUAUUUUAAACAAUGUAGACAGUUCCCUGUUCUCUGCAUUUAGAAGUAUAAACACUUUAAAUCUGUUACUUAAUUCUGUAAGUAAUUUUUAUAAUUAUGAUGUAACUCUAUCCUUAAAACAUUUAAAAUAAACCCUUUAUG